UUAAAAAGGGACUUUCUGAAUUAUUUAAAAGAAGAUAAUAAAGAAAUCGUGAACUGAUUUCCCAUUUGGCUUAUUUUGAUAGGAGCCUAAGCAAAGAACUGCAAAGGCCACGUGAUGUUGAAGCGACUCUUCUUUAGAAUAGUCGGUGUGAUCCAGUCAUCACUUAAUUAGCCCGAUACCACUUCCAGGAAAAAGUUCUUCCCAUCAAAGGCUGUGGAAGGAAAAAGGGGGCCUCACCCUUACACUUUAAAAACAGGAGGCAGCAGCGCGCUCGCACAAAGGUCUGAGCAACUACGAGGGAGGGACUCCUUUAAAUCAGCAACUACUGACUUCAGCGGCUGCUCAUCACUGUUCUCCGUCUCACAACAAGUCUCAGGACUUAUUAAUCUGCUGGAUAACAUGGCCGCGUCCGGACUGCAGCUCCUCGGCUUUUUUCUCUCUCUGGUCGGAGUCGCUGCCACUGUUGCCGCCACUGUUAUGGUGGACUGGAAGAAGCUGGUCCAGGGCAAGCACCGCUCCUAUGAGGGCUUAUGGAUGUCCUGCGCUGGUGUUCAAGACAGAAUGACCUGUGAAAUUUAUCAGUCCAUCCUGAAAAUGCCGACUGAGAUUCAGGUCACCAGGGCAGUGCUGCCGGUCAGCCUCCUCCUCUCUGCUCUGGCUGUACUCAUCUCCACAGUGGGGAUGAAGUGCACCCACUUCAUGGACGGUGUGCCAAAGAGCAAAUCCAUGAUAGCGAUGAUCGGAGGAAUCACGUUCAUACUUUCAGGCGUGUUGACCAUCAUCAUCACCUCCUGGUUUGUCAACAUGGUUCUUUCUUACAGUGGACACAAGCUGUUUAGACCUGAGUUUGGUAAUGCUGUGUUUGUGAGCUGGGUUGGUGGACUCCUCACUGCGGCCGGUGGUGCUUUCCUGAGCUGUCGGAGAUGCUGGAGGACAAACCCUCCAGUGUCCAUGAGCUCCAGCCACUUUCUUUCUACCAAUCACUCCAAGUCCAACUACGUCUAGUUGAAAAGGCCACAAGAACCUGAAGAAGGAGCCGGUUUCCCCUUGUGGAUUAUUUAAAGAAUACGUUCAUUCACUGAGAGGUCUUUGAGAUCGGAGUGAGGAUCGCUCAGAAGAAACUCCUUUGAAUCUCCUUUGUCCUGGGUUUAAAUGCCACCACAGCUCUGGUUUCUCCUGCUGUAAAGAUGUCAGGGUUCAAAGUUUAAAGUCUGAAAAAGUCCACAAAUUGAUAAAUAUACAAGUGAGCAUGUCAGGUGGAGUUUCUUCAUAGUAGCACUGAAGACAAACAGUUUUUAAUAGUUUGAAGUGUGGCCGCAUGUAAAGUGGAGACAGCAUCAUUUCCGAUACUUUUCCGAUAUACAGAUUUGUUUGUGUGUGUUUUAUGUGUUUAUUUGUAUCUGUGAUGCUUCCCCUGAUCAGAUAACAUUUUGUAUAUUUUGAGAAGAAAAAUAAAAU